AUGGGUUGGACCUACAAUACUCCGGACGAUGCCGCCAACGACGGACCACAUAUCACUGCUGUCGCAAUCAUCUUCACGGCCUUGUCACUUUCCAUCCUGUCCCUUCGCUUUUACGUGCGUGGUUGGAUGAUUAAGGCAAUUGGAGCUGACGACUGGAUAUUGAUCGCGACUUGGAUAGCGUCCUGCGGCUUCGCCGUUGUGACGAUCGUCCAAACCAAAUGGGGUCUUGGACUAAAACAUCUGGACGACAUGCCUAUUCAAAACCUAUACAACUUCGGACUCAUGCAGUACAUGGGUGCACCAUUCUACAUAACCAGUAUACUCGGCUUCAAGCUAAGUCUGCUGUUGACGUAUCUACGUAUCAUGCCGAAGGGUGUGUCGCGUAACGCUACGAUCGCCACGAACCUCUGCCAACCGGCCGCGAAACAAUGGGACCCUUCUAUCACCUGGGGUCAGUGUCUGCCAGCCGUUCCCUUCUACACCAGUAUGGCGUCCUUGACUAUCGUAUUCGACGUUAUAGUCAUGUUCCUACCCUUUCCCGUUCUCCUCAAAAGCCACAUCCAGAAGCGGAAGAAAUUCGCCUUACUCGGACUCCUCGCUCUAGGCACUUUCAUCACAAUUAUCCAAGUCCUACGCAUCCGAACCGUUCGAAACUUAGCCAACUAUCUCGACUCAGGCAGUCUGAUUAUGUGGUCGACUGUAGAGAACAAUUUGGGUAUUAUCGUCGCUUCUAUCCCGACGUUAGCACCCCUGUUCAAAUACUUCGUCGAGAAGACCCAGAAGAGCUCUAAUGGCAACUCUGCGACGCGAUCGCGGUCUAUGUACGGUUUGAAGUCGAGACGCACUACGAGACAAGGCUCUAUCCCGCUAGGUAGUGGUGUCCAUCAGGCAACGCACGUUUCUGGGCCUUUUGAGGGAGGGAGCGAGGAGUUUAUUAUGGGUGAUAUCGCUGCUAUAACGAAGAAAACGGAAGUCACUGUUUCUUCUCGUGUUCGCGAGGAGUCGGACAGGUCGGGAAAAUAA